UCUCAAACCCUUCAUCGACACCCAAAAACCCUUUUAAGCCUAGAAAAAAUAUCCCUAUACGCCUUCAAAUUCUUGUCAAGAAUCUUUUUCUCCAAGCUUCCUCUUCCAGCAGCCUAUUUUAACAUCCCCUCGGCCCUUCAAGAAUUUACAAAUCUCACACUAAAGAAGGAGAGAAAGAUUAGUGAGUGAAUGGCAGGAGGUGGUUCAGCUGCUGGAAAGGGUGAUGCCCCAACUGUUAGGAUUGUGGUUGCAGGUGAUGCUAAAACUGGAAAGUCUAGCUUGAUCUUGACAGCCGCCACUGAUACUUAUCCACCCAAUGUCCCUCCGGUGUUGCCGCCUACAAGGCUACCUGAUGAUAUCUAUCCUGAUAAAGUACCUGUAACUAUUAUUGAUACGUCUUCUAGUCCUGAAAAUAGAGGUAAACUUGUGGAAGAGCUGAAGAAAGCUGAUGCAGUUGUAUUAACUUAUGCUUGUGAUAAGCCUGCAACUCUUGAUCGGCUGAGUACUUUCUGGCUUCCUGAACUCCGCAGAUUGGAGGUUAGGGUUCCUGUUGUUGUCGUGGGUUGCAUGCUAGAUAAGAGGGAUGAACAGUACCCUGUCAGUUUGGAGCAGGUGAUGUCACCAAUUAUGCAACAAUUUCGAGAGAUCGAAACUUGCAUUGAAUGUUCAGCAUUUAGACAUAUACAGAUUCCUGAGGUUUUCUACUAUGCCCAAAAAGCCGUGCUUCAUCCAACUGCUCCACUAUUCGAUCAGGAGGCCCAAACUUUAAAGCCUCGAUGUGUCAGGGCUUUAAAGCGAAUAUUUAUUCUUUGUGAUCUUGAUAGAGAUGGUGCCCUAAGUGAUGCAGAGUUGAAUGAUUUUCAGGUCAAAUGCUUCAAUGCUCCACUACAGCCUUCUGAAAUAGUUGGUGUUAAGAGAGUCGUUCAAGAAAAAUUACAGGAAGGUGUCAAUGAACAGGGUCUUACAUUGACAGGUUUCCUCUUUCUUCAUGCACUGUUUAUUGAAAAAGGGCGUCUGGAGACAACCUGGACUGUCCUGCGAAAAUUUGGCUACAAUAACGAGAUCAGGCUGAGUGAGGAUCAGCUUCCUCCCCCCAUCAAGAGACAUCCUGACCAGAGUGUGGAGCUGACCAAUGAUGCAUUGGACUUCCUCAGAAGAAUCUUCUUCACAUUUGACAUCGAUGGUGAUGGUGCUCUUCGAUCCAAUGAGCUUGAUGACUUGUUUUCCACUGCUCCAGAGAACCCUUGGAGUGAUGCUCCGUAUAAGGAUGCUGCAGAGAAGGAUGCCUUGGGAGGACUCUCUGUUGAUGGUUUUCUUUCAGAGUGGGCAUUGAUGACACUUCUUGAUCCCGUUUAUAGUGUGGAGAAUCUUAUAUAUAUUGGAUAUGCUGGUGAUCCUUCGUCUGCUAUUCGUGUAACUCGAAGAAGACGUUUAGAUCGCAAGAAGCAGCAAUCAGAUAGAAAUGUCUAUCAGUGUUUUGUUUUUGGGCCAAAAGAGGCUGGAAAAUCAGCCAUUCUGAAUUCGUUUAUUGGAAGGCCGUUCCCAGAAGAGUACCAAUCAACUACAGGCGAUCAAUAUGCUGUAAAUGUUGUCGAUCUAGGGGGGGCUAAAAAAUCUCUUGUGCUACGAGAGAUACCAGAAGAUGAAGUGAAGAAGCUUCUAUCUAGCAAGGAUGCUUUAGCAGAUUGCGAUAUAGCAAUUUUUGUCCAUGACAGUUCUUGUGAAGCUUCUUGGAAGAGAGCAGCAGAUUUACUGGUGGAUGUUGCCAGCCACGGAGAAGCCACUGGGUAUGAGAUGCCUUGUCUCAUUGUAGCAGCUAAAGAUGAUCUGGAGCCGUAUUUGACUGAAAUUCAAGAUUCUACCAGGGUUAGCCAGGAUUUAGGGAUAGAAGCUCCUAUACCCAUCAGCACGAAGCUUGGGGAUUUCAGUAAUUUGUUCCGAAGGAUAGUUAAUGCAGCGGAACAUCCACAUUUGAGCAUUCCCGAAACUGAAGCGGGAAGAAGCCGUAAGCAAUAUCAUCGGCUCGUCAAUCGAUCUCUUAUGUUUGUAUCAGUUGGGGCUGCUGUAGCUGUUGUGGGCCUGGCAGCUUACCGUGUUUAUGCUGCGCGAAAGAAUGCAUCGAGCUGAGAAUUGAGAUUGUGUGAUCAUAAUAUGCCAGUCAUGGUUUCAAAUAUCAAGUUUUCUAUUGCCUGAUCUCUUGUGCCAUGGUUUAUUGCUUGGUUUUCUGCUAGUCUGCAUAUCUCCGAAUUCCAACAUGGAGAAAAAUGCAAAUAUUUUUGUGGUCGCUGCUUUAGAUCUGUUACAUAUUAGCGGCUUUUCUUUUGUAGCAUCUCAGUUAGAAAGUACUGGACGUGCCUUUUCUUUCGAAGUGGAGAAGCCCCAUUGCUGGAAGGGUUGAUUUGCUGCGAAAUAAAAUGUUCAAAAUAAAAUUUGUUUUAAGAAACUUGGAAGUAAACCUGAAGCAACCUUUUAGGUUAUAUCGUAUUUCAAAGGAAAAUUUUAUUGAAUUGUUGUAGGACUUUGUAUUUUUGAAAAGUUGUCUAGCAUUUCCCUAAAGCUUGAAGAAGUGAUAUCAUCCGAUGUCCUAAUUUGCAUUAUUCCUUGAUAGAACAUCAAAUAAACUGCGAUAUAAUCAGGUUUUACUAA